AGACUUUUAGGGAUAAGAUAUUUAGGGUUUUUUUUAUAUCGGCCAGGCUUUUGAAUUCUCAGGACCGGCCCUGGAAUAAAGGAAAAGAGGAAGACCAAGAUGGUUUUCAGCUGAUACCAAGACACGAGAAAGCUAUUUUGUCUGGUAAUUGGCCAAACAUUCAAGAUUUCUAUUAAUCUUCUCAAUUGACUUACAACCUGCCCUUUGAGUUUGGUGUUAAAAGAGAUGGGGAGAUCUAAAAAGCAAUCCCAACAAACCAAGUUGGAAAGUGAAAGUGAUUCUGAAUUUGACACCGAUGAAAUGAGAUAUAAUACAUCUCAUGAGGUCGAGGAUGAAGAGCAAAAUGAUAUGAGUAGUGAUGAUGAAGAUGGAAACCAUCAAAGUGAUGACUUCGGUGAAGAUGAUGAAGAAGAACAGGACAGUCUUGAGAAUGAUGGUUUUGGGGAAGAAGAUGAUGAGGAAGGGGACAGCCUUGAAAAUGAUGGCUCUGGGGAAGAAGAUGAAGAUGAUGAUGAAGGGGAACAAAAUGAGUUGCAAAAGAAUGCUGAAAUGGAAGAGCUUGAGAAUGACUAUAGGAAGCUUCAGCAAAAGGAGCAAGAUCUAUUGAGCAAUCUAAAAAGCCAUAAGAAUGAGGAUAUUUUGAAAGGUGAAGCAGUAAAAAAUCAGAAGGCUCUUUGGGACAAGACUCUUGAGUUAAGGUUCUUGCUGCAGAAAGCAUUUUCAAGCUCCAAUAGACUUCCUCAGGAGCCAAUGAAGUCUUCAUUUUGUGAAUAUGGUGAUGAAGUUGGUGAGGCAUAUUCAGAUCUAAUUGGCUCCUCAGUGAAAACCUUGGAGUCUAUAUUGGAGUUACAAGAGGCUCUUCUUGAGAGGAAUCCAUCAAUUAUUCAAUCUACUGAUGGCUCUGAAGUUUUGGAAGUUUCUCAUCAGUCAAAUGGUGAAAGUGAUGAAGAAUGGUCACAAAUUGCUCAAAUGCAUUCAAGAAUGGCAUCUUUUAGAGACAAGUCAAUAGACAAAUGGCAGAGGAGGACACAAGUAACAACAGGUGCCGCUGCUGUUAAUGGAAAAUUACAUGCAUUUAAUCAGAGUAUCAGUCAACAAGUGAGUAAUUACAUGAGGGAUCCAAGUAAAAUGAUAAAUGGCAUGCAGUUGAAUACAUCUGCUGUAGCUCUAUUUGGAGUUGCUCCCGAUCUUACAACGACGCAAGAGGGUAUACGUGCGGAUGGUAGCCCAGAACUUCUGGAUGAUUCUGACUUCUAUCAGCAAUUGCUCAAGGAAUUUUUUGACUCAGUUGAUCCGUCAACAUCCGAGAAUACAUUUUACGCUUUGAAAAGGCUGCAAACAAAGAAAAGGAAAAUUGUUGACCGGCGAGCGUCAAAGAGUCGUAAAAUCAGAUACAAUGUACACGAAAAGAUUGUGAAUUUUAUGGCUCCCCAGCCGAUGGACCUGCCCCCCAUGGCCCCAAAGUUGUUCGAGAAUUUGUUUGGGCUUAGAACCCAGAAACAAGCUACAGAAGUAGCAUAACGGGUAAACUAUGUUCGUCAUAGAUCAAGUUUGAUUAUCGUGACAUUGUAUUAGAACUAACUCGUGUUUGCAUGCACUUGGACACAAUAUUCUGCGGCGUUGUACUAUCCUAAAUGCUCUAAUUUAAUGCUUCUUGGGAAAUGGAAAUUUUAGUUUGUUGGGUUUCAUUUUAGAGAUGGUGUAGGCUCUGUUUGGCAGCUAGUCCUUUUUUUUUUGAGGAAGCAAAAUGGUGAGGUGAGUUACUUUCAAGGCUCCAUUUGUAAAGUUGCAACAAGGGCUACUUUAUGAGUUUUUGCUUUACAUGGUGAGACAAGUUUGAUGUUCUAUAUUUGGUCUCAAACUCGCGCAAUAAAACGCGUUUGAGGUU